AUGCUACCUCAGCAAAACAUUCGACUUUUUCGCUUCACAGUAUUGUUGAAAAGAACGUCCCGAAGUUUUUCUUCGCCUUCAGAAACUAUUCGCACCCAAUACAGUAAUGUCGAUCAACGGGAGGUAGAAAAUCUUUCCAAACAGUCUACCGAAUGGUGGGAUCCUCAAGGUCCGAUCCGUGGGUUGCACGCGAUGAACUCUCUUCGUGUUCCGUUGAUUCGGGACGGAUUAAUCACGACCGGUGCUGUGGAGAGAACGCUUGUUCAAAAACCAAACGUACUCGCUAAUCUGAACAUUCUCGAGGUGGGCUGUGGUGGAGGAAUCUUGACAGAAGCACUUGCUAAAUUGCACUCGAAAGUUGUCGGUAUUGAUCCCAGCGAAAAACUGAUCAAUGUGGCAAAGCAACAUGCUCAGGACGAUACAUCACUGGAUCGACGACAAAUUCAGUAUCACGUGGAAACCAUCGAGCAACAUGCCGCAAAGAAUGCUGAACAAUAUGAUGCUGUGGUCGCUUCGGAGGUGUUGGAGCAUGUGAACGAUAAGGUGGCAUUUAUCGAACAGUGCCUGGGUGCUCUGAAGCCGGGAGGCUCUAUGUUUAUUACCACGAUCAACAAAACUACACCUGCAUGGCUGGGGGCUAUCGUUGGCGCCGAACAAGUUUUCAAGCUAGUCCCCGAAGGAACUCACGAUUGGGAUAAGUUCAUAUCGCCAAUCGAUUUGCAACGAAUUUUGUCAAGCUACAAUUGCAACACAAUACUUAUUCACGGAAUGUUCUACCAGUUUUGGGCAAAUCAGUGGUGCUGGACAAAGAACACUGAUAUUAAUUAUUCGCUUCAUGCAGUUAAAAUGAAAGAACAGUAA